AUGUCGUCCUCUACUCCUAAACCUGGUCUAAGAUUCCAUAAACGUACUCCUACAGGCCUAACGAAGAGUGAACGAGCAAGUUGUGAUCGAGAAAUUUUGAAAUUAUGGGAGAAAUUUGCCGUUGAAGAUAACCAAGACAAGGAAACUUUUCAAAAGUCGUUUGUUCGUCACGUGACUACAACACUCGCCAGAUCUGUAUAUAAUAUCGAUGACUUUAGUGCAUAUCAUGCUACAGCUAACACUGUUCGCGAUUCAUUAAUAAAACGAUGGAAUGACACCCAGCAGGGUGUCAAGGAUUUUGGUUUCAGAAUGGAAGAUCUCCUUGAUCAAGAAGUUGAUGCUGCUCUUGGUAAUGGAGGUCUCGGUCGUCUUGCCGCUUGCUAUAUGGAUUCUAUUGCUUCAUUGGAUUAUCCUGCUUGGGGAUACGGUCUCAGAUAUACCUAUGGUAUCUUUCAACAAAGAUUAAUAGAUGGUUAUCAAGUUGAAUUCCCUGAUUACUGGCUAAAUUUUGUUAAUCCAUGGGAAUUACCUCGUCUUGAUAUCGUUGUUGAUAUCCAAUUUGGUGGAUCGGUCACUAAAUAUACUGAUGAGGAAGGAUAUGGUACAAGAAAUUGCAUUAAUAUCCGUCUAUGGAGUAGUAAGCCAAAGCGUCGAUUUGAUCUUAAACGGUUUAACGAAGGUGAAUACGAACAGGCCGUUCAAGAGCAAAUGCAAGCAGAAAAUAUCACUUCAGUUCUAUACCCAAAUGACAACCAUAUGGUUGGUAAAGAAUUGCGUCUCAAACAACAAUACUUUUGGGUCGCUGCUAGUCUAUACGACAUUGUUCGUCGUUUCAAAAAGUCUGAAAAGCCAUGGAGUAGAUUUCCUGAUCAGGUCGCUAUCCAAUUAAAUGAUACACAUCCAACUCUUGCAAUUGUCGAAUUACAAAGAAUUUUGGUUGAUAUCGAAGGUCUUGGCUGGGAUGAUGCUUGGGACAUCGUUACUCGCACAUUUUCAUUCACAAAUCACACAAUCCUUCCUGAAGCAAUGGAAAAAUGGCCUGUCCCAAUGGUCGAAUAUUUAUUGCCAAGGCAUAUGCAAAUUAUUUUCGAUAUCAAUCUGAGGGACCUUCUGGCAAAAUUAUCUAUAAUUGAAGAAUCGACACCACAAUUCGUAAGAAUGGCGCAUCUUGCCAUAGUUGGUUCACAUUAUGUAAAUGGUGUUGCUGAAUUGCAUUCAAACUUGAUCAAAACAACUAAACUGGAUUUGUUGAAAAAUCUUGAAUCGUUUGCUGAUGACAAAGAGUUCAAAAAAAAAUGGAUGGUCGUUAAACGUUCUAACAAGGUUCGAUUAGCCAAUUACAUCGAGACGCAUACCGGGGUUGUAAUUAACCCCAAUGCCCUGUUUGACAUUCAAGUAAAGAGAAUUCAUGAAUAUAAAAGACAAUUCAUGAAUAUAUUGAGUGUUAUUCAUCGAUAUAAUUGUUUAAAGAAGAUGUCAUCAAAAGAGAGAUCUGAAGUUGUUAGUCGUGCUGUCAUCUUUGGUGGAAAAGCAGCUCCAGGUUAUUAUAUUGCAAAGUUGGUCAUUAAACUGAUAAAUAGUGUUGCAGAAGUCGUUAACAAAGACAGGUCUAUUGAGGAUACUUUAAAGGUUGUUUUCAUUCCUGAUUAUAAUGUAUCUGUUGCCGAGAUUAUUAUUCCAGCGUCAGACAUUUCACAACAUAUCUCAACAGCCGGUACUGAAGCUUCUGGUACUAGUAAUAUGAAAUUUGUUUUGAACGGUGGUUUGAUUCUUGGAACUGUUGAUGGUGCAAAUAUUGAAAUUCUCGAAGAAAUUGGUGAAGAUAACAUCUUCAUGUUUGGAAAUUUAGCUAGUCAAGUCGAAGACUUGAGGCACGCUCAUAGGUAUCGCAAUGUACCAAUGGAUCCUGCACUACAAGAGGUCAUUAAUGAUAUAGAAUCUGGUCAUUAUGGCGAUUCACGCAUAUUUGCACCUCUAAUUAGCACUUUAACUGCCGGCAAAGAUUACUAUUUAAUAUCGGAUGAUUUCGGUUCAUAUCUUAGUGCACAAGGCUUAGCUGAUGAAGCAUACAAAAAUCAAGAUGAUUGGACGAGAAAGAGUAUUAUAUGUUCUGCCCGUAUGGGUAAAUUCUCAUCUGAUCGUGCUAUUCAAGAGUACGCUGAAAGAAUUUGGAAUGCCAAGCCUGUCCCACUUGAAACUUCAAAAUAA